GAUCGAACCCGUUGAGCAAGACCUUACGCGAUCUAUAGAGACAGUUUUAGACGAGAACGAGAGUACAAAGACGCGCAGUUUUUCGUUUGAGUGCAGCAUGGUACAGAGGAGUUACCCCAAGUACGCAGGAAGAGAGAAUGGCGCGAAAGUCUUUGAGCCAGACAGGAAGUUUGCGACGCAGCGGAGAUUGGAGCACCAGAGAGGAAGUCGAGGAUCAGGAGGACUGUCGGGUCCACCCCAUCUUCAACCUCCUGCACCUGGGCGACAUUCGCCUCCAAGAAUCGUAGCCACGGAGCCCAAGUUAGAUUGUGAGACGGCUCAGAAAGUCGAGAACUACGCAGCGGAAGUGAUCAAGUUGAGACGAGAGUUAGAAGCGGAGAGGCGAAGGAAUGCCACACCCCCGUUAGUCCAGGGCACCAUCACCCUCUCAGAGAAGUCGAAAGGAAGAACGCCGGAAGUUGACGCAAGUAGGCGAACAGACAAGAGGACGCAGAUGAACGAAGUCAGAGACGAAAGUAGCGCAGUUGCGUUGGCACGAGUGCAUCAGUCAAAGGAUCCUCCAGCCGAGGACAGUGCCUCGAGGAUUACGGACGGUGUUAUUCAUGAAGUUUCCGAGUACUGCAGCGGUUUUGGACGAGUAGAGCGUGAGCAUGAGUUUAAAGAGCUAAGGCCUCCUGGCCUUGAGCUUAGUCGAGUUCCGUGCGACAGGUUUAGUGAGACGUGGACGGACGAUAGCAAAGAACGAGUGGCAGGAGUAGCCCAGCCUAAAGACCCUCCUAGCGUGCGGAGUAGUCUUUACAUGCAGUACGAGAGCAGUGGUGGAUACAAGUUCGAAGAGUUGAGACCUCCCGACCCAUAUCUUACUUCAGACGAGAAGGGCGGUGUGAGGCAGGCGAGUUCGAGUCUCGAUGUGUGGGUGGACUUGGCGAGAGGACAGUUCCAUCGAGAGAGAUCGGCGACGAGAGAGACGGAGAUGCAGGAAGGAAAGGUCGCAGGAAGAGACGAGGUGAGGCCUUUGGUGGCCGGAACCUCGGGGUCUGCGCGAGGGAAGUUGUCCUUUGAGGUUGACCUGAUGAUGAGUGGCGAGGCAGAUAGAUCGGCCUCAGGUGGAAGGAAGUCCACAAAGACUAGGACUUAGUGAAGGAAGUCAUGACCAUGUACGAUAGGACGAGGACGGAAAUUUUGUUUGGAAAUAUUUAUGCGGGGACGGAAGACAUUUACGUUUAAAUUGUCGAGGCUCGCAGGACGAGUAGUUCAUUCUCAGGGGACCUCAUGCGCAUUGUGAGGGACCACAAUAAGAGCUAGGCCUGUAUGUAGGCG